GACCCGUAGUGACGUCAGCAUAUGGAAAUUGUCAGAGUGGCAAGAUGGCUACGGAACCAAAUAAGACUGAAAUUCUGACCAUUUUCAAGAGGCUAAGAUCCAUCCCUACAAACAAGGCAUGUUUUGACUGCGCGGCCAAGAACCCCAGCUGGGCAAGUAUUCCAUACGGUGUGUUCCUGUGCAUCGACUGCUCUGGCAUCCACCGCUCCCUGGGCGUGCACCUCAGCUUCAUCAGAUCCACUGAGUUAGACUCCAACUGGAACUGGUUUCAGCUCAGAUGUAUGCAGGUCGGAGGCAACGCCAACGCGACGGCGUUCUUCCGCCAGCACGGCUGCUCCACAAACGACACCAACGCCAAGUAUAACAGUCGCGCGGCCCAGAUGUACAGAGAGAAGAUCCGGCAGCAAGCGAAUACCGCGUUGUCCAAAUAUGGCACAGAUCUGUGGAUCGACUCCUCCGCGGCGGCAGGUACUCCCGCUGCUCCUGAGAAGAAAGAGACAGACUUCUUUGCAGAACAUACACAGCCUGCUAACGACUGGAGCAUGGCGCCGCCCUCCGAGCCGGAGCAGAACGGAGCCGCCGUCGUCCCACAGCUGACGGACACAACGGCCAAAAGCCAAGAUGACAACCAGCCGGAGGAAGGGCCGAGCAUCGACGGUCUGAGCACAUCACCCAAAGCCUCCAUCGAUGUGAAACCUUCCAUCAUUGGAAAAAAGAAGCCCAUGGCUGCCAAAAAGGGACUCGGUGCAAAGAAAGGUCUCGGUGCCCAGAAGGUGAGCAGUAAGAGUUUCUCAGAGGUGGAGAAACAGGCGCAAGUGGCCGAGAAGCUGAGAGAGGAGCAGGCUGCUGAGGCCAAGAAACAAGCCGAGGAAUCCAUUGUGGCCUCGAUGCGUUUGGCCUACAAAGAGCUGGAGAUCGACAGGAAGAUGGAAGAUAAGAAGCUUCAGAACCUGGAGGGCAAGAAGAGGGAGCAGGCUGAGAGACUGGGCAUGGGCUUCGGAAACAGGAGCGCUGUGUCUCACUCGGUGAUGUCAGAGAUGCAGGUGAUCGAGCAGGAAACUCCUGUGGGAGCAAAGAGCUCGUCUCGCUCCAAACUGGACAUGUUUGACGAGCCGGGUUUCACCUCUGGACCCCCGAAGUAUAAGGACAACCCGUUUACAGUGGGAGACAGUUUUGGAUCCCGGUGGGACACUGAUGGAGGGACCGCCUCCUUCACCACCUCCUGGGCUCUGGAGAAAGACGACCCCAAAGAGGAGGUCACCAUCUCUAGUAUUCAGCCAAUAGGAGAGAGACUUCCCAGCAGAAGGAAAGCUGAUGUUUCUGCUCCGGUGUCGGAGUCCAGCGAGGCCCGGCAGAAGUUCGCUAACGCAAAGGCCAUUUCCUCAGACAUGUUCUUUGGUCGAGAGAGCAGCGCCGAGUAUGAGGCAAAGACGAGACUGGAGGGAAUGUCUGGAAGCACCUCCAUCAGCUCUGCUGACCUGUUCGGAGAAGGCGGCGACCAUAAAGCUCGGGCUUCAGGCUUCGACAGCGUGCUCCCCUCCGGUCCGGACAUCGCACAGUUCAAACAAGGAGUGAAGACCGUGGCGGGAAAGAUGGCUGUCCUCGCUAACGGCGUCAUGAACACGAUCCAGGAUCGUUACGGUUCCUACUGAACAGAGACGAGCACCGACCCUGCGGGGGGGGAAGACACACACACUAACUGACGCCUGUGUAGAGCCGACCAGCCUCCUGACUGACACGUGGGGCAGGAAGAGACGAGACGGGGAGAGACGGGAAGCAGCGGAGAGAGGAUCAGCAUGGAGGGGAGGGGAAAGAAAGAAAUCGUCCUUCUCGCCGCCCGUCUUCUUUUAGAGACAAUUUUACAGGAGUGAGACAAUAUUUUCCUUCUCUCAUUCUCAUUAGCAGACUCUUGAGUUUUAUUUUCUUAAAGGAAACCAUCGGGAGGAUGUAGUGUUUUUUUUCUAAACCAAGAGUUUUGUUGUAAUUUACAGUCGGGGAAUUUUUUUUUUUUUUUUUUUUUUUUUUUGGUCUUAGAUUUUCAAAGUUAAUUCUACUAUAUUUUAUUCCUUAUACAUAAAUCAAAGUGUUGUUUUUUUGAUUCUCAAAUACUUAAUGCUUAUGUCUUUUUUUUUUUUGUUUAAUUGUUAUAUUAAAAAAAAAAAAGUUCAGUAUAUAUUUUCAACUUUUAAGUGUUAAUUUGAAGAAGAAUCCACCGUGUUUGCAUUCAGUGUUCAGUUCACCGCUGCUCACUCACUUAUUCAUUUACAUCAACUACUGACAGCCGACUGUCUCGACCAAUUCAGACUAUUUAUGAGCUUGGAGUUAAACAUUUCUGUCUACGAGGAGAAAGUAUUAAAUAUUUGAUGUCCCAGCUGCUAUUUAUCCUUUUAAAAAAUAGUUAAAAAUAGGAAGUGCAGCCUCCAAUUUGCCGCCAAACAGCAGCAGCAGCAGCAGCAGCAGCAGCAGCAGCAGCAGCAGCAGCAGCAGCGGAGGCUCCAACAAACAGAACAGUUCAGAGGAAUUAGAGAAUCCAAAUUAAGGGAUUAAAAGCAAACUGCACUUGUAAAAAAAAAAAAAA